AGAAAACAGAAAACAGGACAUUUACCAAAAUUCCAAGCUGUGCUUUUCUCUGUGAAUGAAUCCCACGGCUUCAAAGGCAAACAGGACACAUUCCAUAGAAAACUUUUGUUUGGCCUUUCUUCUGUUUCUUUCCCCCUUUCUCUGAUCCCCUCUCGAAAAUCAUCUCCUUCGACGACAAUCAAUUGAUCAGCCUGAGUUUUACCCUUUGCCAUCCUCUUCAUGCUCUCUGGUCAUUCAUGACCUUCUGGUGAAUUACUUCUCCUCGGGGUUCUUCCAUUUUAUAGGGCAUUCUGGUUUCUGUUUAGUUUGCUGUUCUAAAGAAAUCAAGACAUCCAAGGAGAUACAUAUACACGAGAAAAUGGUGAACAACAUAAGGAUCAAAGACAAUAUCCAAAAUUCUGUGGAAUCUCCUAGAGGGGAGGUGGGAGAAAUCGACACAAGAGCUCCCUUUCAAUCUGUGAAAGCGGCCGUCAGUUUAUUCGGUGAAGUUGCACUUAAGAGGAAGCCCACCAUCAGGAAGAACAAAACUUCUUCUGAGAAUGUGAUAGACAAGGAGACACAACUUCUCUUAGCCAGAAAGGAAGUAGGAAGAAUCAGGCAGCAGUUGGAUAGCGCCGAAACCACCAAGUCCCGGGCCCUCUCUGAGCUCGAGAAAGCCAAGAGGACUGUCCAGGAUCUAACUACAAAGCUUAACUCGGCAGUGGAGUCCAAGCGACAGGCCAUUGAGGCCACCGAGGCAGUGAAGCACAAGGCCAAGCACCUAGAGCGCGUCAAGUCCCAGAACCAGGCGGGUACCAAAGCCUGCAAAUCCGAGCUUGACACCACCAGGGAACAGUACCGGAAAGCUGCAGGAGAGUUGGAUGCUGCCAAGCAGGAGCUCACGAAGAUUCGGCAGGACUUUGACUCGACUCUCGAUGCAAAAUUGGCAGCCUUCCAACAGGCGGCAGAGGCUCAGCGGUCAGCGAAAGUCAACACUGAGAGGGUCGGGGAGUUGACAAGGGAGAUCCAGGGGAUGCGGGAGUCGCUCGAGCACCUGAAGGCCACUUCCCUCCAGGCCCAGGCGGAGCAAGCGAGAAUAGUCGAGCAGAAAGACCGGCGGCUUAAUGAGUGCAAGGCUGCCAAGGAGGAGGCAGAGAAGAAGUUGACUGGCUUGAGGAGAGAGUACGACCCUGAGCUCGUGAGGGUCCUUGAGGCUCAGCUAGCUGAGGCAACUGAAGAGAUCGAGGUCAUUCAGGAGGAAAUGAAGAAGGUCCAUGCCUCUGAUAUGGACUCGGUGAAGGUUGUGACAAUGGAGCUGAAUGAAGCCACCAGGACUCUGCAGAGGGUCGCGGAGGAGGAAGGGUCGCACCGGGAGUUGGUGAGUGAUCUAAGGAGGGAGUUGGAAAAUAUGAAGAAAGAGCGGGUCACACUCGAGGAGAAGAUCGAGAAGAUGGAGUCAACUACGAAGGAGCUCCAGGAGGAGCUUGAGAGGACCCAGUCUACACUCAAGGUCGCUCAAAAGGACGAGAGUGCAGUCACUGAAGAGUUAUUGUCGACCCCAAGGAUGUUAGCACUAGAGAUCGAGGAUGCACGCAAGGAAGCUGACGAGAUGAGGAACCAAGCAGAACGGCUCAGGCAGGAAAUAGCAGCCAGCCUAAAAGCGCAGGAGGAGGCAGAGAGGGAGCUCCAAGUAGCACUGGCAGAAGCUGAGCAGGCUAAAUUGGCAGAGAAGAGCGCGGUCGGGCAAGUCAAAGAACUCAGUGGAAAGACCGAGGCCGUGGGCAGCAGUUGGAUAAAAAUGCCAGUUCAGGAAUUCGACUCAUUGACCAGAAAAGUUGAGGAGUCCACGAAUCUGGCAGAAAUGAAGCUCGCAGCAGCAACCUUCCAGAUGGAGGCAGUGAACACGAAGCGGAACGAGACCGAAAAGAAGAGGGAGGCAAUACUGAAGGAGCUGGAGGAGUUGAAGGAGGCCACAGAGGCGGCUCUAAAGCAGGCGGAGAUGGCAGAGGCCGCCAAAAAAGCCAUCGAGGGCGAGCUGAACAAGCGACGUCAACAAGAACAGGAUCAGGUGGCCGAUGAACCUUAUUAGGAAUUCCGAGAUUAUCCGAGAGCGCUAGGAUUGGGAAAAAAAAAUAAUCAGAGAAAACAAGAUAGAGGAAAGUCCUGGAAAAAUCAACAGGGAGAACCGGAAAAGGCUAUGUUGUCGUUUGACAUUCGAGGAAGAACUAGGAGGAGUUCGUGAUGUGUCCUGUACCAAUUUCAUUCAAAUGAAGAAACUCAACUUCUUUAA